AUGGGUUCUCUAAUGGCAGGAUGGGAUUCCCCAGUUCAGGAUCCUAAAUCAGUAAGAGUGAUGAGAAACAAGUCUCUUACAAAAGAGAGGAUUGAAGAGUACUGGAAACUUAAGAACCAAACUCAGCAACAACAUCUUCAAGCUAUAAUUUCUCCUCCUCAUCCCCAUCAGCUACAGGAGGAAGAAAGUGUUAUUAAAGAUGAUGAAUCAGGUCCAAAUGAGCUGCAAAGAUCAAAUUCAUUGCCAAUGAUAGGCAGCAGAAACAAUAAUAAAGUGGUGUUAGGCAAGGAGUCUGAACUGGAUCUUCAACAUCUUAGAAAUUGCUGGUGGACAAGAAGUAAUUGGGCAUUUCUAAAUGAACCGCCGGUAAUAGCAGGAGAAGUUCCGAAAUAUAAGUAUGCGGCACAGUAUCAUGUUGCUACCUUAGCCUCCUCCGAUUCCGAUACAAGAAUAAUAAGCACCACUUAA